UUUAUUUUAUUUUUUCUUUUUUCUUUUUAAUCAAAGAUAAUGACCCGGCCUUUUGCUAUAACACGCUAGUGCCUGGCUUGGACUUCUAUUUGGCUCUUCUUCUUCUUCUUCUUCUUCUGCUGCUGCUGCUUGCUUCCUCCAAGCUUUUCCUCAGCAGAGGUACACAGUUUUUGCUGCGAGAUUUAAGGCGUGAAUCUUAAUAAGGUAUGGAAAUGGGGGAUCCAUGCCCAAAACGCCUCAAGAACUCCGCAGAUGCAGAUAACUCGCUGCCCGAGUCAACUCAGUUGCCUCCUCCUUCUGCCUUUCCAGAUGAGGUAUUGGAGAAGGUCCUUUCUUUCCUGGAGUCCCACAAAGACAGGAACUCAGCUUCACUUGUGUGCAAGGACUGGUACCAUGCCGAGAGGUGGAGUCGAACUAAGGUCUUCAUUGGCAACUGCUACUCAGUGUCUCCUGAGAUUGUUGCCAGGAGGUUUCCCAAGAUUAAGAGCCUUACUCUUAAGGGAAAGCCGAGAUUUUCGGAUUUCAAUUUGGUACCUCAGAACUGGGGUGCUGAUAUUCAUGCUUGGCUAGUUGUUUUUGCCAGAGCUUACCCUUUGCUUGAGGAGUUGAGGCUGAAGAGAAUGACCGUGAGUGAUGAGAGUUUGGAGUUUUUAGCUACAUCGUUCCCGAGCUUUAAGGCACUCUCGUUGUUGAGUUGUGAUGGUUUUAGCACUGAUGGGAUCGAAGCCAUUGCUACUCACUGCAAGAACUUGACUGAGCUUGACAUACAGGAGAAUGGUAUGGACGAUUAUAAUGGCAGUUGGCUCAGUUGCUUUCCAGAAGAAUUUACGUCACUGGAAAUCCUCAACUUUGCGAGCCUGAAUAGCGAAGUCAGUUUUGAUGCCCUUGAGAGACUUGUUGGUAGGUGCAAAUCGUUGAGGGUUUUGAAGGUUAAUAAGAACAUCAACCCACUGCAAUUGCAAUGCCUGCUUAUGCGGGCGCCUCAGUUGGUGGAGCUUGGUAGUGGCUCGUUCCUGCAAGAUCUCACUCCUCGGGAUUUAUCCGAGCUAGCAGAUGUGUUUGGCAAGUGUAAAAAUCUGAACACCCUUUCGGGUUUAUGGGAAGUCACCUCUGUUUUUCUUCCGGUUCUGUAUCCAGCUUGUGCCAAUCUGACGUUCUUGAAUUUGAGCUAUGCAACGAUUCGGAGUAGUGAAUUUGCCAAGCUUCUUGAGCAUUGCCCAAACUUACGUCGCCUCUGGGUCCUCGAUACAGUUGAAGAUAAGGGGCUAGAGGCUGUCGGGCACAGCUGUCCAUUGCUCGAAGAACUACGAGUCUUCCCCGCAGAUCCUUUUGAUCUGGAUAUUGUUUAUGGGGUGACCGAGAAGGGAUUUAUUGCAGUGUCUCUUGGUUGUCGAAAACUCCAUUAUGUCCUCUACUUUUGCCGGCAAAUGACAAAUGCUGCUGUUGCUACGGUUGUGAAGAACUGUCCCGAUUUCACCCAUUUUCGUCUCUGCAUAAUGAAUCCAGGCCAACCCGAUUACCUCACAAACGAGCCUAUGGACGAGGCCUUCGGUGCUGUGGUAAAGACGUGCAAAAAACUGCAGAGGCUUGCAGUUUCUGGGCUGUUGACGGACCUUACCUUCGAAUAUAUUGGCCAGUAUGCUAAAAACCUCGAAACUCUUUCGGUGGCAUUUGCUGGCCGCACUGAUUGGGGGAUGACGUGUGUGCUCGAAGGCUGUCCAAAGCUGAGAAAGCUCGAAAUAAGGGACUGCCCAUUUGGAAAUGCAGCAUUGCUAUCCGGGUUGGAGAAGUACGAAUCUAUGAGGUCUCUUUGGAUGUCGGCCUGCAAUGUCACCAUGAAUGGCUGUCGUUAUCUCGCCAAACAGAGGCCAAUGUUGAACGUCGAGGUCAUUAAAGAGGAGGGGAGUGAUGACUGCGCUGCAGAUAAAGUAUAUGUCUAUCGAACUGUAGCGGGACGAAGGAGAGACGCCCCGUCUUUUGUUCUGACCUUUUAAUUGUCAAUACCAACAGGAAUUUCCCGGUCUUUGGUCGCAGCUCUCCUGCUCUAUCUUGCUAAUUUGCAGACAGUGUAGAAAUGGUGGAAAAACGAAGAUUCUCAAGGGGUUGAGGUUUCUUUUCCAGCUGCAAUUUGAUGUGAACGAAACAGCAAAGCUCCUGGAAAAGUUUAGGCUCAAUUGCAGACUGCAGAACACCCAGUCCCAGACAUCUUGGAAUCAUCCCCAGAAGAAAAUACUCAGAGGAGAUAUAAAAAGGAAUUUGAUGGGUGAGUUUGGCAUUUCCCAGGUGAGAUAAUGGACUGCAACCACUGAUGAAGACAUAAAAAGAUUUGAAGAGCUUAGAUUACUCUUCAUCAGAGGUUGUUGUCUGGACAUCAUUUGUAGAAGAAGUGUUGGGGGUUUUAGAGUUGAGGAUUUCUGCGGAACCAAAACACAAUGAAUUAUCGAAGCUUGUCGUCUUUAAUCAGUUUCUUCUUCAAGAGUUAUUAUAGGAUGUUCUUUAGUUUCAAACUUCCAGUCAACCAAUAACCAGUGGAACUCAUGUAACCUGUUUAUUUCAAUUUGAUUUCUGCUAUUUUAUAAAUUUGGCCUUUCAAUAGUUUCAACUA